CCUACCAUCAGCAUGUCUCCACCGAGUCCCGUCGACCAUCCGAUGGAGGGCACGUCGCCAGAGGACAACUCGCCCACGGGCCACGGCCACGGCUCCGGCUCCGACCCCGAAGGCAGCUCCAAUGGCAAGCCGCCCGUCUCCCGGGCCGGCAACGCAUCGCCGCAGGAGCACGGCGCCCUCACCACCUCGAGCAACAUGCCCGCCCCUCCUCCCGCCGCCGCCGCUGCUGUUCACCAGCCCAAGAUCGUCCAGACUGCCUUUAUCCAUAAGCUAUACAACAUGUUGGAAGACACCAGUAUACAGCAUCUCAUAUCCUGGUCAUCGUCCGCCGAAAGCUUCGUCAUGUCGCCCUCUGCCGACUUCUCCAAGGUAUUAUCACAAUACUUCAAACACACCAACAUAUCGUCUUUCGUGCGUCAGCUCAACAUGUACGGAUUCCAUAAAGAACGAGACGUGUUUCAUACCGGCAACCCCGAAACGACGCUCUGGGAAUUCAAGCACGGCAACGGCAACUUCAAGCGCGGCGACCUCGUCGGCCUUCGAGAGAUCAAGCGUCGCGCCAGCCGACACGCUCUCGUCAACCGGGAAAACACCUUUCCCAAGACCUCCACAUCUCAGCCUGGCACGCCCAUUGAGCCUGUUCAAGUCCCGCCGGAUAGCAUCGAGGCUAGAAUAGCCAACCUGGAGCACUCCCUGUACGAUACGGCUGCGAGACUGCAGAGAAGCGAGGAAUCGGCCCACUACAUGCAUGUCAAGAACCAGGCCAUCAUGGAGACACUCAACCGACUGCUCUUCUUCAACCAAGAGUUGUCCAAGGGGAUACUGUCGCUUGUACCUCCAGACAACCCUGUACACAGAGAUGUCAUGACACUCCAGGGCGAAAUGGUGAGGCAGGCAGAAAUGCUGCGCUCGCUCGACGAGCCGCACGAGCCUGUCUAUUCCGCCAGGCAACAGUUCUUCGGCACGGUCGACAACGCCCCCGUGUCCCCGCGGCAGCUUCCUCAAGACGACAACAGGCGAGUCACGCUCAACGUUCCGCAGGGCCGGAGUCAGCCGUCGUACCGACCAGCCGUCCCCUCGAACCUGUCCGCCGGCACGCGGCGACCCUACGGAUCCAUCAGCGGCGGUGCCGGCUCCUCACCUCUGCGCAAUGCCGCGCCGGCACCCCCAGCAGGGCCGCAUCCCCUUUCCAACGUGGAGACCGUCCCCAGCAACCUGGCCAGACGCCAUACCGCCGCAGACAUUCGCGCACACGGAUGGCAGCCCAACGCACCGCCUUAUCCCCCUGGAGCCGUGCCGCCGCCCGUAUGGCCUCAAUCUCCCAAUCGGCCCGAGGAUCAGAGGAUAAGAGACUCUCUCUCUUCGUUUUCCCUGCAGGCCCCAUCGGCUCAUGGACACCCGCACUCGCGGCCGGCGACGCCACCCCACGCUCCCUUUUCAAACGGCGCGAGCGGAGGGUCGGAUACCUUUGGCAGCUGGUCGUGGGGCGCGGCAUCGAACCGCGAGAGCAAGACGAUUGGAGCGUUGAAGGAGUCGUCAGCGCCGCCCACCAGGAGGGGCAGCAUGGCACACAUCCUCAACCCCAGCGAUACCGCUGAGCGAUCAGACGAGGACGAGGACCCCCGGGGCGACGACGACAGAAAGCGAAAACGAAGACAGUGA